GGGGGGGGCAAGGCGAUUGAUGCCACACACAGCCUAGGGUAGAGCUAGCUACAACUACAAAAGCAGACAACUUGGAGGAGGCCAACCCCAGCACACCUCCCUUUACCCUUCCUUCUCUCCCAUGCAAGCAAGGAAUCGAGGGAGGGAGGGAGGAAGCAAAAGGGGAAAAGCUCGUGCAAGACAAGCCGCCCUGCCCUGGGACCAUUCCCACCCACAUCGAUCGUCAGCCAGAGAGAGGUUCGUUAGUUCCAGAAGGACACUGGACAGUUGGAGACAGCGAGCGAGCGAGCGAGCGAGCGGGAGGAGAGGAAGAAGAGCUAGGGGGCGAUGGGCGGCGAGAUGAAGCCCGGGAGGGGCCUCAGGACCUGGGCGCAGCGCCACCUCAACGUCACCUUCGCCGUCGGCUUCCUCCUCGUGCUGCUCACCUACCUCGUCGUCUCGCGGCAGCUCGCCGUCGCCGCGCCCGGCGGUGCAGCGUCGAGGGUGGUGGCGGGUAAGCAGGUGGUCGUCAGAGACGCCGGAGACAACGCAGAGGGCGCGAGCAAAAGGCGGCAGGAAUGGCAGCCAAAACAGGCGGCGGCGGAGGAGGAGGAGACGUCCGGUGCCGUCCCAACGGAGGAGGAGGAGUCGUAUCCGAAAAGAGAUGAGGCCGACGGCAAACCGUCUGAGGCAGAGACGACGACGACGACGACGAGCAAGGCCGUGUGCAACACGGACGGCCCCGUGUCCGAGACGUGCGACCUGGACGGCGACGUCCGCACCAACGGCAGCGCCCUAUCUGUGACGUUCGUCCCGGCGAGCCCGUCGGAGCGGCGGGAGUGGAAGGUCCGGCCGUACUCGCGCCGGACCAUGGUGGGCGUCGACAGGGUCACCGUGACGCGGCUGGGGUCCCCGGAUGACCCGGCGGCGCCGUGCGCGGUGGCGCACAGCGUGCCGGGCGUGCUGUUCGCGCUCGGCGGGCUCACGGGCAACUACUGGCACGACUUCAGCGACGUGCUGAUGCCGCUGUACGCCGCGUCGCGGCGGUACGGCGGGGAGGUCCUGUUCCUGGUCAGCAACAUGCAGCCGUGGUGGCUGGGCAAGUACGAGGCCGUGGUGCGGCGGCUGUCCAGGUACGACGCCGUGGACCUGGACCGGGACGCGCGGGUGCGCUGCUUCCGCCGCCUCACCGUGGGCCUGCGCCUGCACAAGGAGCUCGGCGUCGCGCCGGAGCUCACGGCGCCGGACCGGCUGACCACGGCCGACUUCACGGCGUUCCUGCGCGAGACGUACGCGCUCCAGCGCGGCGCGCCGGCGGCGGUCCCGACGACGGAGGGGAGAAAGCCGCGGCUAAUGCUGAUCCACCGCGCGCACUACCGCCGGUUCGUGAACGUGCCGGAGAUCACGCGCGCAGCGGAGGCGGCGGGGUUCGAGGUGGCGGUGGCGAGCCCGCGCGGCGACGCGCCCGUGGAGGAGACGGCGCGGGCGGUGAACUCGUGCGACGCGCUGCUGGGCGUGCACGGCGCCGGGCUGACGAACGCCGUGUUCCUGCCCCCCGGCGCGGUGCUGAUCCAGGUGGUGCCGUACGGGCGGCUGGAGCGCAUGGCGCGCCGGGACUUCGGGGACCCCGCGGAGGACAUGGGCCUGCGCUACCUGGAGUACAGCGUGUCCGCGGAGGAGAGCACCCUGCUGGAGAUGCUGGGGCCGGAGCACCCGGUGAUCAGGGACCCGGACUCCGUGCACCGCAGCGGCUGGGACAAGGUCGCCGAGUACUACCUCGGCAAGCAGGACGUGCGCAUCGACGUGGACCGCUUCGCGCCCACGCUCGCGCAGGCGAUGGACCACCUGCGGCACCGCCACCAGUGAGCCUUCAUUGGUCGAACGAGCUGCACAUGGAGGGAGGAUACGUACAUCAUAACACAUCUCACUCACAUAAGGGACGCACAUGCAAACUUGCGUUUGGCGGAUAGGUUAGCUCCAAACUGUAAGUCAUCGAUUGUUUGGUACAGAAUCGAGCGGCGUAUACGUAUUCUUUAUCGUCUUUGUCUGAACCAUAUACAUGUAUGUACUGUUUCAUUCAGUCGCUAGAUUAGCUGCGAAAUGAAGUCAUUUUGUUUGUUCGUUUCCGUUUUGCCGUCAGUUGUUAUGGCACGGAUUGGUAAACCACCUUGUACUUGCCUACUCGCUCCGUCUCGAAAAGAGAUGAAUCUGUUAGGCCUUAUUCGGCUAUUCAUAUCUUAUUUAGAUUGGAUCAUAUUGAAAAAAAUUAUAAAAGAUUUUGAUUUGUUUGA